AUGUCUAGGUAUGCAACAGAGGAUGUUGAUGACUUCAUUAAAGGUCAAGAAAAUAUCAAUACUUCGAAGAAAACUAAAAGUGACAUAAAAAUCCUUGUAGAUUUUUUACGGAGUGAGAGGAAUGAACUCAGACCGAUCGAGGAGAUAGAUCCCCAUGAUCUUAAUGACCACCUCAAACAUUUUUUCAUUAACAUAAGAAAGGAGGAUGGUAGUCCUACUGCGCCAGUAUCGAGCAUUGGUGAGGGAGUCGAUUUGAAAUCUGGACUAGGAACACAUGGAACUUGGUUUAUCGACCCCAUGGAUUCAACAGCGUGGGUUAUGAGUGGUUACAAUAAUGUCAAAACCCUUGAGAGGUACAACAACAAGAUGUCACUUUCAGGGAGUCCUGUAGAGACUAUAACUCUGGCACAAGGGUGUUCUGGAACUGGACAUGUCGUAAACGCAGGCUAUCUAUAUUGCAACUUACAUAGAUCAAAUAAAGUGAUGAAAGUACAAAUUAGUACCAAAGAAAAAGUUGGUGAGGUGAUUUUGACAGACGCUGGUUUCAAUAAUGCGUAUCCUUACAAGUGGGGAGGAUAUUCGGACAUUGAUCUUGCUUUGGAUUCUGGAAAUCGACUGUAUGCCAUUUAUGGUUCAAAACGAAAUAAUGGAAAUUAUGCAAUUGCACUUUUGGACAUCGAUACAUUGGUCAUUGUUGCAACAUGGCAGAUUGAUGUCGAGAAAAGGCAAACUCGAGAUUCAUUCAUGGCAAAUGGAAUGCUAUAUAUUCUUGACUCUAAUUACCAUUUCACCUACCGCUUUGACACGACAACGAAUAGCCUUACAUCACUGUCAUCAAGUGAAUUCCAAUAUGGCUCUAGAAAAGGUUACCUUACAUCUUUACAAUACAUACCUGGAAGAUGUGAGCUACUUGCUUAUGACAAAGGAUACCUCCAGACAAGGUCAAUUCAUUUCUAAUUCCACUUCUUUUGCUUAUCAUUUGAGGAAAGCUUAUUCUCAAUAUGUUGCUUAAAUUAAUUCAAUAAAAAGUGUCAUACAUAUUUCAAUUCAAUUUACUUCAAGUUUUUAAGAGAUUCCAGAAUCGAUAAUACAAAAUUUAAAGCAGAUUUCCCCCCUAUUUUGCAAUUUUAAAUGGACAUGUCCAUUAGUUCGAAUUAGAAGACUUGAGUAAGUUCCUAUUUGACUGAAAAAGAAAUAUAUAUGAUAAAUA